GUAAGCAUUUUGUAACGUAACCAUUGUAACUUUUUUGUUGACAUUAAAUUUUUUGAAAAUUUAAAAGAAAUUGGAUAAUUUCAAACUAACUGGUAGGCGGAAUAGUGCUCUUCACUGAAGUAUUUAUGGAACCUUGAGUUUUGUAACGUUUUAAGUUGAAAAACCGGUUAAAAUUACGUGAUUCAUGCGUGAGCUUUUGGUUGUGUUCCUAUAGUUACUUACAGUGUUGACAAAAUAUCCGAAAUUCAAAUGAGCGCUUGACCUUGUGCAUUAUCAUUAAAUGAUUAUUUAUCAUUCCCCGCACUCCAUGUAACGCUACAUCGACCGCGUCACACAGCGAUAAAAGUUGAAUAAAAUUUAUAGUCUACGUUCCCAAAAUGGUUGCGGGCGCUCUCUUGAAAUCAACAAAAUCGAGCUUAUGCUUGCUACAAUGUAUGAAAGCUGUGGUAUCCCAGAGUCGGAGCUUCACCAGCCAGCUGAAUGCAGAACAGCUGGCUAUUCAGGAGUUGGCUAGGAAUUACACCAAUGAGCAUCUUAAGCCAAAUGCCUCUAAACUAGACUUACAAGGCCUUUUCCCUUUUGAAGAGAUAAAGCAACUGACGAACCUUGGUCUCAUGGGUGCUUGCGUCGACCAAGAGUAUGGCGGCCUUGGCCUCGAUUACUUAUCACUAGCCGUUGCAGUAGAGGAGAUUUCCAGAGGCUGUGCCAGUACUGGGAUGGUGGUGUCAAUACACAACUUCCUGUAUGCUAACCUGGUUAAUGAGAGAGGAACGCCAGAGCAGAAGGAAAGGUUCCUGUCCGAUUUCACUAAAGGAGCUGUUGGGUGCUUUGCCUUGAGUGAACCAGAUGCGGGUAGUGACGUAGCGAACAUCAAAACUACCGCUCGACAGGACGGCGACUUCUGGAUACUCAACGGCAAGAAGAGCUGGGUGACGUCGGCAGUGGAGGGCGCUGCCACCGUCGUCUUUGCCACCUUUGAUCCUGAACUGAGACACAAAGGACUUGCUUGUUUCCUCGUUCCUUUGGACGCUGAAGGUGUAUUCAGAGGAAAGAAAGAGCCUUUGAUGGGUGUGAGCGCCGUCCUCAGGGCCGCUACCGCCUGCGACCUCACGCUGGAACACGUGCGUCUGCCAAACAGCUGCCUUCUGGGACACUCGGGCGAGGGGUUCAAGAUUGCUAUGGCGCAACUCGACCAGGGCCGGAUUGGCAUCGCGGCUCAUGCUGUUGGUAUUGCACAAGCAGCAUUGGACACAGCUAUCAGUUAUGCCAAAGAGAGACAUGCUUUCGGAAAAAAUCUUACAAGGCUGCCAUCUGUAAAGGAUAGAUUAACAGACAUGUGCAUUAUGGUGGAGACGGCUCGGCUGCUAACAUACAGAGCGGCGACGGACGUUAGUACUAAGAACAGUUCCAUGGCCAAGUAUGUGGCCGGCAGAAACGCAGCCGCCGUCGCUGACCACUGUGUGCAGAUCCUGGGCGGCAGGGGGCUGUCCACCAAGUUCAACGCCGAGAGACACUUCAGAGACGCCCGCGGCACGCAAAUAUAUGGCGGAGUGACGGACAUUCAGAAGCGUCUGGUCGGACACUUCCUGCUCAAAGAACACAACGCGCUCUGAGGGCCAACCAGACAACUAAGCUAAGUCGCUCAAUUCUAAUCAUUUGAUUAAAAAACACUCAGCCUCAUGUACAGUGAUCAUAAAACGAAAUCCAAUCUGAAGCUGCAAAAUGGCGGUCUACGCAGAUCAAAGCCAAAGUCAAAUAAUUUCGUCAAAGUAGGUACUAUUAUACACUGUUUGAUUGUCAAUUGUUGGAUUUGUACAGAGUAGUGAGCAGAAACACAGCCGCCUUGUCUGAUUACUGUGUGCAAAUUAUCCACCACCAGGGAACACCAGGGAACUGUCCACCAAAGUCAUUGAUUAAGGAUUUAUUUAUUUCCUUAAACAUUGUUAUGUUGUGAUUAGUUAGGUCUAAUAAUAAAUUGCUUAAUAUUUAUGGCAUUUAUUAUUUGUUUAGGAACCAGCACUCUCCCACUUAUCGAUUUGACACAAGCUGGCUCAUAGCUGUUUUUGUACACUCGUGUUCAGAUUGGACUAUUUGGUUUGAGAUCACUGUACAUAAGUUUUGAGUAAAAUAAUGUACGCUCAACGAAAGCGAUAGUAAAAGUAAAUUUGAUCAGAGCGCACCAGUCAAGUCCGGUUCGGUUCAGUCUAGUCCGAUCCAAUCCAGUCUGGUCCAGUCCAGUCUGAUUGAAUACUGUCCAGUCCACAAAUCAGUCAACGAGAAGUCAAGUAAAAUGAGAAGUUCCUAUCUCAUUUGUGUCUCGGGGAAGUUCCCAUAUGGUUAGGUUGUUUCUCUCAUUUCGCUUCCCGGCGACCCACGAAACCCAAAGGUCUUAAAGAAGCUUCUACUCAAAAAUAACUUGUGGAAUCUAUGAGAUUACCUACCUGGUGCGCAAAAUUAACGAAUUGAUAUGCAAUUGUACUUGUAGACUGAAUAGAUAGUCGCUUAAAUUAUUUCCUAUUUCAUGUAUACUUCGUGAUUGUCGACAAUAAAAUAGUAAUUCGCUGACACAUAUUAAAUUUUUUUUUUUACGAACUACUAGAUGGCGCUGAUGUUCUAAAGGGUUAUUUAUCUCAAGUGGGUCAAGCCUAAAGGCUCGAACACCUAAAUAAUACUAUUUUUAUUGCAAAAACUUACAAAUAUUAUUAUUUUGAUUUAAGAAACGGGCACGAUUACAUUUUGUUGAUUAUUUUGUAAGUGAACGUGAAAUUUUAUUAUAAGCAGUUUUUUUUUUAAUUUUGAUGAAAUAUUCAAAGGCUGAGAAGCAUUUAAAGUGUACACAAUUUUAGGCUGAGAUUUAGAGCGUACUUUGACUUUAUCGAUUCUUAUGUUGAAAUCUAUAGAGUGCACUUUAACAUUGGUUAGACUUAAGUUUCAGUUAAAACGAAAUAGAUUUAUGCCAGCGGUAUAGCGCUGUCUCGUUUUAACAGUGUCUUAAGUCUGUCUAUAGAUUUCAACAUCGUACUUUGACUUAGCUUAGACUUGUUAGAAGAGACAGAUUUAUAUGAGAGAUAUCUUUGUCUCGUUUUCUCUAUGUCUUGUCUGAACACAGUCACAGUACUAAAUCUGAGUUAAAACGAGACAGAUCUAUGCAUCGAAUAUCUGUCUCGUUUUAAAUUUAAAUAAAUUCAGCAAAAUCAAAGCGUGCUCUGUAGAUCAGAAUAUAUAGGUAAAUGGGCAUUCCACUGUAAAAAUAAUUAACGAUUUUAUGCGCAUAAUAAAUUGACUUUAGAACAUAUCUUUUGCAAAGAAUAGCUUUAUAUUUUUUGAUUGAUGUCUUUCUAUAAUAAAAUAUUGUCAUCAUUAUCAUAAUAUUAUCAUCUUUUUAAGAAACCGAACUGCACUACAAAGUUAUAUUAUAAGUACAUGUUGAUACUAUUUCUUAUACAUUCUUAACAUUAAGAGCGAUUACGCACUCAUCUGACCCGAGUCCGUGAA